AUGCAGGGACUGGGGAAGACAGAGAGAGGGGAGCAGGGCCGAGACAUCGACCUGACAUCGCUGAGAUCCACCAUGCCAGCCAGCGGCCCUCUCCAGGGAGGUUCAGCCUCUAAUCUGAACAUGAACCUGUACGCUACCAAGAAGACAGCAGCUGAGGGCAUGCUGGACAUUGCUCUGUUCCUGGCUAACAUCACACACAUGAAGACCGUCAUCGAACAGGGAGCUGGAUACAGGUACUAUGUCGCCGUCCUGACGCUCAUCUCUUUUUCCCUGGCUCUUCAGAUAGUGGCUGGAGUCCUGAUCAUCAUCAUCGCCCGCAGGGACCUGAACGUGGUGUCCAAUCAGAAACGACUCGACUACCUGAACAACGUUGCAACAGGCAUCAUCUUUGUCACCACGGUGAUUAACUUCUUCAUCAGCUUCUUCGGAUCCAAGAGGACUGGCUUCUUCCGCUGGCUGCUGGCUCGACUCCACUUCUGA